AUGGGACAGGAGCAAACGCCAUCGAGCAGCAUGUUCGUACCGAAAUUCAAAGCGACCGCGCCGACUGGCUCAGGCAUCUGGACACCUGGCACACAAACACCCAACAACACAUCGCUCACCAACUUGAACGACAUACAUCCGAAGGUCAGUACGCCUACGCCCCCACCACCACCACGACCAGCACCAGCACCAGCACAACAACAAGGUGCACAACCCGUCUGGACGCCUCAGCCAUCACCGAGUAGCGGUCGCAAAGAAUUUCGUCCUGUACGUUUCGAAUCCCCAACACUGCCACGCCGUUACAUUCUGCCCGAGCAGAGUACAAGCGGUACACCAGCCGUGCCGCCACCUUGGUGUCACAACAAUAGCGGCGCAGCGACCACCGAUGCGGACAGCUCCUAUGCAGCACCUUCGCCACGUUCUGCCUACAGCUAUACGAAUCUCAGUACGCCAACCACAACGAUCGGCUCGGCAGGCAGCACCAACUAUUGUGACUCCAUACCGUCUGAGUCGUCAUUGCUCAAUCACGUGGGCACAGGACGUAGUCAGAGUGUUGCGGAUAAAAUCAAAAGUAUGGGUGGUUAA